CAUUUGAUGUGUGCUGGGCUCUGGUGCCUGGUGGAAGGAGAUACAUCCUGUAAAACAAAGUUGGACCCCCCUCUGGAUGGCACUGAAUGUGGCGCAGACAAGUGGUGCCGAGCUGGGGAGUGUGUCAGUAAAACUCCCAUCCCUGAGCAUGUUGAUGGAGACUGGAGCAUGUGGAGUCAGUGGAGCAUGUGCAGCCGGACGUGUGGCACAGGAGUGCGAUUCAGACAGCGGAAAUGCGACAAUCCUCCCCCGGGGCCAGGUGGGAAGAACUGCCGGGGAGCCAGUGUGGAGCACACUGUGUGUGAGAACUUACCCUGCCCUAAGGGUGUGCCAAGCUUCAGGGACCAACAGUGCCAGGCCCAUGACAGAUACACCAACAAGAAGAAAAGCCUCCUGACAGCUGUCAUUGUUGAUGAUAAGCCAUGUGAGCUCUUCUGCUCUCCACUAGGGAAGGAUUCCCCUGUGCUGGUGACAGACAGAGUCCUCGAUGGCACUCCAUGUGGGCCUUAUGAGACCGACCUCUGUGUGCAUGGCAAGUGCCAGAAAAUUGGCUGCGAUGGAAUCAUUGGCUCAGCUGCCAAAGAGGAUCGCUGUGGAAUCUGCAGUGGUGAUGGCAAAACCUGUAAAGUGGUGAAAGGCGACUUCAACCACACCAAGGGCAUGGUAACCAAUAGUCAAUGUAAGAAGGUUUCUACAUGUGUGAUGGCAAAGGCAAAGGCUGUUCCCAAGUGUUUCUCGUGUUACAUCGAAGCAGCUGUCAUCCCUGCAGGUGCCCGGCGGAUCAGAGUGGUUGAGGAUAAACCUGCUCACAGUUUUCUGGCUUUAAAAGAUUCCAGUAAGAGAUCCAUUAACAGCGACUGGAAAAUUGAGCUUCCUGGUGAGUUUCAGAUCGCAGGCACUACUGUCCGGUACGUGCGAAGGGGUCUGUGGGAGAAAAUCUCUGCCAAAGGACCAACUAAAAUACCACUGCACUUGAUGGUGUUGUUAUUUCAUGACCAGAAUUAUGGAAUUCAUUAUGAAUACACUAUUCCUGUAAACUAUACUGCUGAAAACAGAAGCGAGCCAGAAAAGCAACAGGAUUCUUUGUACAUCUGGACGCACAGUGGAUGGGAAGGGUGCAGUGUGCAGUGUGGAGGAGGUGAACGGAAAACUAUUGUGUCCUGUACUCGAAUUAUUAACAAGACCAUGACACUGGUGAACGACAGUGACUGCCAACGAGUGAAUCGCCCUGAGCCCCAGGUCAGGAAAUGUAACACACACCCCUGCCAGUCACGGUAA